AUGGCUGACUGCGCAGUCGCAAACGACCUACCAGUUGGAACGGGUGUUUUACAGUUGAAUCACAUAUUACGAGUUCUUUUUCCUCUCCCGUUCUUCUUCGACAGUUGCCAAAAGUUUGUUAUUAGCAUUUCACGAAGUAGCUUACACUAUAGCGAAAUGGGCCGCGUUGUAGACGAUGCCGACACUUGGUUCGAGGGUGACGAACGUCGUUCAUCUUCGAGUGCUUCGGAAUUUGACUGGGAUUAA